AGAAAAUCCCAUUGGUCUGUCAGAGAAGCUUAAACCACAGGCUGUGACUCAUAACACUGACGUCUCCUUCUGCCAAAAAGAUCCAACCUUUGAACAAAUUUCUCAGAUCAUUACAUACUUCAAAGGUCAAAACCUGAAUUAAUUCCAAUUUAUCAAAACCACUCAAAUUUUCUCAGGAGUUAACUAGUUUUGAUUUUUUGAAGCAUUUUUGGAUUGUAAUUGCUGCUAACAAAAUCAAGAAUGUUUACCCGAAUGUUUGGAAAACCUAAACAAGAAACUAAUGCUCUAGCUACGCUAGACAAGUUAAAUGAGACUCUUGAGAUGCUUGAGAAAAAGGAGAAGGUUUUACUGAAGAAGGCUUCUGGCGAGGUUGAAAAAGCAAAGGAAUUUACUAGAGCAAAAAACAAAAGGGCGGCAAUACAAUGUUUGAAAAGGAAAAGGCUUUAUGAGCAGCAAGUCGAGCAACUUGGAAACUUUCAAUUGCGUAUUCAUGAUCAGAUGAUAAUGUUAGAAGGUGCAAAAGCUACAACGGAGACUGUUGAUGCUCUAAGAACCGGAGCAGCUGCAAUGAAAGCUAUGCAAAAGGCUACGAAUAUUGACGAUGUCGACAAAACAAUGGAUGAGAUCAAUGAGCAGACUGAGAAUAUGAAAAUAAUUCAGGAAGCAUUGUCAACACCAAUUGGUUCAGCUGCUGAUUUUGAUGAAGAUGAAUUGGAGGCAGAACUUGAAGAACUGGAAGGAGCUGAAUUGGAGGAACAGCUCCUUCAGCCUGCUACAACUGCUCCUGUUGCACCGAUUAGUGUACCUGCUGGAAGGCAACAAGUGCGUCCUGCUGCUCAGAAGGCAGAAGAAGAUGAGCUUGCCGCUUUGCAGGCUGAAAUGGCUCUUUGAACAGUUCCCAUUGCCUCCCACGAGACAAUGUAAAGGCUUGAUGUACUCUUGUGGUGGGGGGUUAUACCUUGGGGACUCUAGUUUCCCUCGAGUUUUCACGUCGAAUUCUUAUGGAUGCAUGCAGGAUCAAAAGUAACUGUGUAAAUGACAGGACAUGAGUUUAUAUUUUAUGUUAAGUUGUGGUGGGAAAAAGCAUGCUGCUACUCCGUGAAACAUAAAAAAGAUGCUAUAUAAAAACUUUGUAUUGAUUUUUCA